ACUGAGUCAAUUUUUGGCUGAUAUUAAUCAUCGCACCAUGAUGCCUUGUGCUGCUUGAUCUACGAGGUUUCUUUGCAUAUAUUGCACAAUCAUAGUCACGUGAGAAUUCAUUCAGAAAUCACCCAAACAUCCACGUUUCAUUGUCACAUGUCCGUAUCGAGUUUUUUAACCCUAAGUGGAUUAAGCUCUCGUAGGUGCAGUGAAUGAAGGAUGCUUUCUAUGGUUUCCCAUGCUCGCUUUCCAUCGAGCGGGAGACACCCUUUCUCUUUAGAACAGUCGCACAGGAAAUAUCAACCGCGGCCGGUAAAAAGAAUCGUCCAUUCCGAGAUCUGUGGCUGUUUAGAAUUUCGAUGAUGAAAAUUUGUUUGUUCUUCGGUUUUAGCGUAGAUGCCCUUAACAAUAAAGAUCGGACAUUUUUUCACUAGUGUGACAUAACCUUGACGCGUUUUAUGGCGAAGUGUUCAUCCGCAAAUGGAAUGUAAUCUCAUUUCAACGAUCCGUUCGAAUACAUUUUUGUGAUCAAUGUGCAAUUGAUAGGAGGGUGACGACUUGUGCGUAAAGACCCGUUUACAGAAUUCUGCUGAAAAAUGAUUUUAAAAAAAUUCUAAAAUAUAAUUAAAUCAAAUGCAUUUGAAUUGGACAAAAUUCUAGUUGCCGUAAUCGGUUACCACGGAGUUUUCCUCAAUCUCAAUAUUUUUGAACAGCUGAUAUCGUAUAGUCUCUUCUGCUUGUAAAAGCACAAAAUGACGGGGAAUACUCAGUGACUUUCUUCGAAUCGUUUGCUCGAUUGUGUGAUUUUGUAAAGCUGGGCUUCUUCGAUCCGUUUAUUUUCUUCUUACUACACGUAAAUCCAGAUUGCUCUUGAUUUCAAUAUAAUCCCAAAAGUAAAUUGAUUUCUGAUAAAAUGGAUCUCGAGGCUUUAAGCCUGUAAGCCUUUAAGAAUAAAUUUCAAGUGGCAUAUAUUGAUGACGACCUGAGAAUCUAUAGUCAAAAAACAUUGACGCUUCCAAUCGUUUGUCUGUUCGGACCAGUAAAUAAAGAUUUCAAGACUGAGCCAAAGUCUUAGAGGUCAAGAGGGGUCAGUAACCUCCCCUCACGCGAUCAGCAGGCAUUGACACGUGUGUUUAUCAACUAAUUUUUAACGUCAACUAAUUUCUGUAAUCAAUCAUACGGUUGAGCGUCAAUCAGUUGCCUCAAUCGGGGAACUAAACGCGCAUUGCCGCUAGUCUUUCAACUGGUCGAGCUAUUUUAAGCGGGCAACCGGACAUUGACACGUGUGUUUAUCAACUAAUUUUCAACGUCAACUAAUUUCUGUAAUCAAUCAAACGGUUGAGCGUCAACUAGGUGCCUCAAUCGGGGAACUGAACGCGAACUGCGGCUAGUCUUUCAACUAGUCGAGCUAUUUUAAGCGGGCAACCGGGCAUUGACACGUGUGUUUAUCAACUAAUUUUCAACGUCAACUAAUUUCUGCAAUCAAUCAAACGGUCGAGCGUCAAUUAGUUGCCUCAAUCGGGAAACUAAACGCGAACAGUCUUUCAACUAGUCGAGUUUUCGUAAGCGGGCAACCGGGGGUUGAUCCGACGAUGGGCGACUCAACAAUGGAGCUGUUCAUCAACUGCUUCUUCGACCAGGUGUUCACGGAGCUGGACCGCGGGAGCCUCAUCCCGCGCUACAAACGGAAGCAACUGGUCGACUACUUCAGCACCAUCAUCUACGGCUGCUGCCGCGGCGACUCGGAUUCGGACUCCUCGUUCGACGCCCAGGCCGGCUGCAGGAAGGCCGUCACCUGCGCGCUCGACUACCACGAGGCCAUGCGCGCCAAGAACCGGAACCUCUGCCUCCUGGGCAAGUACCACGCCGUCGUCUACGUCGCCCUCAAGAUCUCCUUCGACUGGAAGCUCCGCGACGCGCCCACCCUCACCCGGCUCCUCGAGAACGUCUUCACGUGCGAGGCCACCUUCGAGCGCAUCUUCGAGGGCGCCAUCUUCGGCCCCAAGAUCACCCACCUCAUCUCCGGCUGGAAGAGCGACUUCGCCAACCGCGCCGAGAACAUCGACGCCGUCGCCUUCUUCCUCGACCACGCCGCCGCCGAGCAACUCGAGUUCCCUUCUUUGGGCACCCGGAGGCGACUAAUCGACAUCCCGAUGACGUCGUACAACCAGAUGACCCCGGCGAAGAUCGCGGCGCAGGCGGCGAAACUCGACGUCCUCACCCUUCUUGUACGCUACGGCGCCGUUCUAACUGACGAACGGCAUCCGGUCAAGUUCUGUGCGUUCCAACCGGUUUUGUACAAGUUGAACGCGUGCUGCGAGGAGGAGAAAGAGCUCCCCGCGGACUUCCUGGCUUGUUUGGAGCUCCUUCUGCGUGCGGUUGAGAGGAUCCCGAAUCUCUUCCCGGAGGACUCCGAGGCGGAGAGUAGUGACGAUUUCGUGUCGGUCCACCCCGAGUUGAUCGAGCGGGGGAUCGUCCCGUUGAGCAAGGUCGGCUUGGAGCCGGUCGAUCUCAAACACUUGAGUCGCUGCGCGGUGCGACGCGCGCUCAACGAUAGCUGGCAGCUCCCGCAUGGCAUCCAGAGACUGGAUGUGCCGGGCCCUGUCAAGCAAUAUCUCGACUUGGAAGUCGACUGAAUUGGGAUUUAAAGCUGAUCGUGUGGUUGGUGGUCAGGUAUGCUUGAAAGUGGACUGGAAUUUAGAGGUGUCGUCAGCUAGGUUGACGGUUGUUUACUUUCGGUUUGCAAGCGCCAACGACGAAUUUGGGCCUCUGAACAAAGCCGCGUUUGCUACUAUCCACAUUGAAAACAUCAGUCUCAUGAUCGUAUCGUAAAAAAACUACUUAUCAGUUAUGAUUUGCGACUUUUUUGUGGUUGGGAUUUCUGUGUGGCUAAAAAU